UAUCACUUGAUAUAAAAACUAAAACUAAAAUAAAAACUUAAUGUAAUGAAAAACUGAAACUAAACUAUCAAUUAUUUAAAAACUAAAACUAACAAAGAACUAACAAACAAAAUGAAAACUAAACUAUAUUGGAGUGAAACUUUUUAAACGAAACGGAAAUAUAUUAUUUUUUUUUUAAACAAUUAUAACCUUGCGCACAAUGUUGCCUCUAGGCAACAAACACAUUUAAGCAAUUCCUCAUAACAUACAAAUGUUUAUGACUCUAAAUGUAUUCAAAUCAAGUUUACUCACUAACAAAUGUGAAUUAUAUUUUUGAUGGGUGAAAAAUCAAUAGAAAUUGCUUUUCCAAAGACAGUUUUGCAGAGCAAAAGUACGCAUCCAUCAAUGUGGAUCAUACCAGAAUUUUUUUUUAAAUGACCAUCAGGAUGUAGCGUGACCAAGAAAAGCUUUUUGUUGGCUUAUUCAAAGUAAUCUCUUUAGAACUGACCAUUGUAUUGCCAAUUUAUAUGCACUAUGUGCUUGCAAAGUGGAGAAAAUGGAUCACAACAACAGAAAUAUUCAGCUGCUCUGGAAUCUCACUCUACACAUUUCCAUCCAACACAUAUACACAAUAUUCACUGUUCAUUGCCAACAACACUUAAUUGCCUCAUCAGUCAUUGCAAUGUGUAAAAAUAAUGUGCAUCUAAAAAUAGUUUUAAGGGCAGUUAUUAAACUGUAGACAGUGAUUGUGGCUUACAUUCUCUUUAACCACAAAACACAAAGAGCCAUGAAGAACUAAUUAAAGCUCAGGUUCACAGCGCAGGUGCACCGACAGCAGAGUGAGUUUUGUUUUUCCAGUUGCUGUAUUCUCAGCUUCAUUUCCUCCCUCACAAUGCCCCUGUUUACACUACCCUGCUCUAAAAGCAGAUUCCCAGUAGACUCUCUGACACCAUAGAAAUAGUAACAGCACUCUCACUUUGUCAUGUGUUUAAAGGGAUUGUUCACCUAAAAAUGACAUUUCUGUCAUUCUUUACUCUCCCUCACAAAAGAAGAUGUUGGGCAGAAAGUCAGGCACUUACAGCCUCCGUCACCAUUCACUUUCAUUGAAUCUUUUUUUUAUAUAUAUAUAUAUAAAAUGUGAGCAAAUGGUGAUUGAGAUUAUCAUUUCACCUAACAUCUUUUGUGUUCCAUGGAAGAAAGAAAGUCUGACAGGUUUGUAACCUGGUACAAGUUUUGAGGGUGAAUCAUUUUUGGGUGAACUAUCCCUUUAACAUUCAAUUUACAUGCUAGACCUGUUGUAGUAGAUGUUGUCAGGUAAGAGGCGUGACUCGUUAAGCCAGUUUGGUGAGCUAUUCAUCAGUGCGAAUAUCCCCAGGUUACUCUUUCAAAGACUGUUACAGAAAGCAGGAGUGAAAAUUACAACUCCAGACAUCCUACAAAUCCAUUUACAACAAUAUACCAUCAGUUUCAGACUUCAUCUGCUUUUCCAGGAGAUGACAAUCCAGAGCUUCACCAUUGAAUAUGAUGCCUUAAAUGAUCGUAACACCUUCAGUAAUGGGGAUAUUUUGACAGGCAGAGUUAUCAUGGAGGUCUCAAAGAAGACGAAGAUCAAGUCUCUUACUGUCAAGGUGAAAGGCAAAGCCGAUGUGGCAUGGACUGAGACACAUGGGGAAGAAAGCGUGACCUACUGGGAUAAAGAAAAGUAUUUCUCACAAACUCAGUCUGUCUUACCAGAGGAUAAAGCAGAUGGCUCUGUCACACUUGUGGCUGGACGACAUGUGUUCCCGUUUGCUUUCCAGCUUCCAUACCAGGGUCUACCCUCAUCUUUUAAAGGUGCAAAUGGUAAAAUCCACUACAGACUUUUGGCCAAGCUGAGCAGGUCUCUGCAUGCUGCAAGCAAAUCCGAAACAAAGUUCACCUUUGUUUCCCGAGCUGAUUAUGAUCAGACAACACUCAUGGCACCUCAGCAUGGCAGUAAAGACAAGAAUGUCAUAUUCUUUGCCUCUGGAAAUAUUUCUAUGAAUAUUUUUUUGCCAAAGACAGGCUAUCAGCAAGGUGAAGGGCUGGUUGUCAAUGGUGAAAUCAUCAACAACUCAACUCGAAAAAUUGUGCCAAAGUACAUUAUCUACCAGAAGCAGAGCUUCUUUGCUGGAGGAAUCACCCCCACCAUCCAAAACUGUUGUAUCCUCAAAGUGGAAUAUAGACUAAAGGUUAUUUUGGAUGUAUCAUUCACUAAAAAUCCUAUGAUUAAACUCCCGCUGAUCAUCUUGCCUUUAAAUGACAGAGUCUCAGCCAAAGCUCUGGAGGCAGGACUACCGGACCUGGCCAAACUAAAUUUAAACUGAAUGCCUCAAAUUAAUUUAUGCAACAAGCAUCCUUUUGUUUACUUUUUACAUUUAAUUUACAAACAUUUUGAAAACAGCUAUUUAUUCACAAAUAUACAGUAUGUAUGUAUAAAAAGUAUCCACAUAGUUUUUAAUUAAGCUGUAAAUUUUCAAUGUACAGAGGUGUUUGUCCUGUAAGACUUUUUCUCUAAAUAGUUUCCCUUAUCUGAAAAUGCUCUUACUAGAAGUCUACACUUUAAAUGAUGCUGUGUAGGAGUGCCAGCAUUUUACGACAAUAAAUUAUCUUCUAAAGUUUAUGGAUAUAUUAAAAAUGA